UUUUCCCAAAUAAGAUUGAAAUUUCAACAAUUUCAAGAACAUUAGACAUGGGAUUGUGUGAAUCAUGUUGUGUUAUAGUCCUAUGUUUUAUGUUCUUACUUUUGAAUCCUCAAUUUUCAUAUUCCAUGUCAUGUACAACACAAAAGUUCACCAACAACAAAUUGUAUCAACAUUGCAAUGACUUGCUACAUUUGAAUUGUUACAUUCAUUGGACUUACAAUACAAAGGUUUCUUCUUUAAAUUUAGCCUUUGUAGCUACUCCUACUAAGUCUGAUGGAUGGAUUUCUUGGGGAAUCAAUCCAAUUGGGACAGGAAUGGUUGGUACACAAUCGUUGAUCGCGUUUAAAAAUCUCAACGAUACUAUAGUUGUGAAAACCUUCAAGUUGAACUCGUAUAAAUCUAUCGUGCCAGGGGAACUUGAGUAUCGCGUUUCGAAUAUGGAAGCAAUGUAUAGUAAUGAGAUGAUGGUAAUUUUUGCUAGUGUAGAAUUACCUAAAGGAAUGAGAGAGUUGAAUCAAGUAUGGCAAGUUGGAAAUUUAGUGUUAAAUGGGAAAUUUCCAGGAAUUCAUGAUUUUCAACUUGAGAAUUUGAAUUCCAAAGGAAAACUUGAUUUGAUGAAAGGAAAAAAUGUUAAUAAUGGUCUUGAGGAUUCUAUGGUCAAGAAUAGAAAUAUUCAUGGAAUUUUGAAUAUUGUGAGUUGGGGAAUUUUAUUUCCAAUUGGAAUUAUGAUUGCAAGGUAUCUAAGAACAUUUGUGGAUCCAAUAUGGUUUUAUGUUCAUGUGACUUGUCAAAUAUCAUCUUAUAUUAUUGGAGUUUCUGGUUGGGCAACUGGUCUAAAACUUGGAAGCCAAUCCAAAGGAAUUAUGUACAAUUCCCAUAGAGAUUUUGGUAUUGCCUUGUUUUGUCUUGCAACUCUACAGGUAUUUGCACUAUUUCUGAGGCCAAAGAAGGAACACAAAUACAGAUUUUAUUGGAAUAUGUAUCAUCAUGGAAUUGGAUAUGGUGUACUUGUUCUAGGCAUCAUUAAUGUAUUUAAAGGUCUUGAAAUUUUGCAACCAGGAAGCAAAUGGAAAUUGGCUUAUAUUAUUUUCCUUUCAAUUAUUGGAGGAAUUGCUCUUAUUUUAGAAGCAAUUACUUGGACAAUUGUUCUUAAAAAGAAGCCUGGAAAAUCAAAUAUUAACAAACUUUAUGAUGGACAAAAUGGAGGACAACAACCUCUCACUUGA